UGGGCAAAUAUUUGGACUCGAGGGCCGCAUUGAGUUAACAAAAUUGUCUGGGGGGCCAGAACAUAUACGUAUUUAACACACACACACUAUUUUAUGCUUAUCAUUUUCCUUGAAUUAUUUGUCUAAUUUUAUCUGUAAAAGUGUUAUCCUAUAUCAGUUGUAUGUUCUCAUGUCCCUUUUUUAGGAGCACUUUAAACAUCACACCACAUCAAACUAUGUCAUUUAAUUUUACAGUUUUGUUGUUUAUUUUUUUAUUAAAUCAGACAUCCGACUUGCAAGUCAUGUUGCCAGUUUGUAUGUUAAAAGUUGAAGUUACUUAGAAAGCAACUGGCGGGCCGGAUUCAAACGCUUGGUGGGCCGCAUGUGGCCCCCGGGCCGUAGUUUGCCCACCCCUGUCAUAAAUCCUUCUCUCCUCAGACUUUCCUCAUAGCAUUGUGUUGGUUAGGUUGAAAGGCAAAAUGUCCCUGGCCCUCAUAAUGGUAGUCACGAUAGUCAUGGUGCUGCUGUCCUGGGAGGACUCACCGAAGAUGGUCUCCUACUCUAAGUGGGAUGGCGUGGGGACAUCAGGUCAGAGGAAUGGAGAGGUUUACUGUCCUAAGACCUUCCCUCUCAUAGGCACACAGAUCAACAUCAGCUUCCCAUUGGAACUCACCCUCGCCCAGGUGCAGGAGAAGAACCCUCUGGUGGUGCGGGGCGGAGGAUAUCGCCCACUUGACUGCAAGGCCCACCAGCGCACGGCCAUCAUCAUCCCUCACAGGGCACGCGAGCAACACCUCAGGUUCCUGCUUCACUACCUGCAUCCUUUCCUGCAGCGGCAGCAGCUCAGCUACAGGAUCUAUGUCAUCCACCAGGCUGGAGACUACACGUUCAACAAGGCCAGGCUGAUGAAUGUCGGUUUCCGUGAAGCCAUGUCAGACGAGGACUGGGACUGUCUUUUUUUUCACGAUGUGGACCUGAUUCCAGAGGACAACCGCAACACGUACAUGUGUGACUCCAGUCCCAAGCACUUUGCUAUCGCCAUUGACAAGUUUGACUACAAACUUCCAUAUGAGAAGUACUUUGGAGGAGUGACGGCUUUCACACCUGACCAGUACCGCAAAAUAAAUGGCUUUCCCAACAACUACUGGGGCUGGGGUUGCGAGGACGAUGACAUCGAAAUCAGAGUGUCUUUGGCAGGAAUGCCCACUACACGGCCGUCCCUGGAAGUGGGCCACUACAAGAUGAUCAAACACAAGCGGGACAAAGGCAACCCUGACAACCCGCAGAGGUGGGCAGUGCUGAAUAUGACGCAUCAGAUGUGGAGGCAGGACGGGAUGAACACGUUGGAGUACGAACUCCUCUAUCGGGCAGACCUGCCCCUCUACACCAACAUCACUGUCAACAUCGGCACCAAGGCUGGCCUACAUUCGCCUCCACAAAUGUUGCUGUCCCCGGUCCACCCUACUGCAGAGGCUCCUGCCAAAGAUGGAAAAUAGUCUGCUUGGCUUUUCACACUUUGGCCUUACUUGCUGGCCGCAAGUUUAUUGUUGCUGUAGAGCAGUGCUUCUCAAAGUCCAGACUCAAGACUGCAAGGCGCAUCAGUUUGGACCCAGCCCGCCUGAUCUUAUAAAUUCCACAAUGCUAUAAACUGAUGUUUGAUCAAUCACCAAAUGGUUUGUAAUGUUAGUACAGUAUGUCUGGCUGUGAUUCCCAGUGAUCGACAGUGGUAUGAAAAAGUUUGGGCACCCCUCAUUUUCAAGAUUUUCCAUUAGAAAUCACCUGUUGUUGGAAUCAGAAAUUUCAGUUAAAUGUCAUAUAGCAGACAAACUCAGUGAUAGAUGAGAAGUGAAAUGAAGUUUAUAGGCUUCAC